GCCGUCUGCCCCUUUCCCUUUUCCACCUCUAAUCGCCUUCACUCUCUGCUCAUUCCCUGCGCAUCGCGAUUAUCUCCAGCACUCAAGCACCUUUCUGCGAUGCCGAGAACUAGAGCAGCGAUCAAAGCCCUCGCAGGCGGCCCAGUACCUGCCCCCGAACGCUCAGCCGCUUCAUCGUCGAUGGCGACCUCGAAGCCUCCUGUACGGCGCGCUGCGUCUGCAGUGCCAGCUCUUCCACCUACUCCUCCCAGGACGACCCACAAACGCAAGCGCCGUUCACGCUCGCGCGUCACCGAUUCGUCGUCCGAGGAGGAAGAGGACCACGAGGUACCUGUCGUGGAUUCAGAUGGAGAGGAUGAGCGAGGUAGCGGUGGACCCCAGCGCCAUGGCGGCGCACUCUUCCUGGGUAACAAGAAGCGGCGAGUGCUCACUCUCGACGCCAUCGCGGAAGAGCUGAGCGAGACGACGGCCGAGGACGCGUUCUGGCUGGGCAAUGGUCCAGCAGGAUCUUCGGGCGGCAAGGGUGGUGUGGCUAGCGGCGGAUCCCAACCACGGCACAAGGUGGUCAAGAACAGAGCGCCCACGCGAGUCCGGACCCGGACGCGUUCACCUUCGUCCUCGCCCCCUCCUGCGCCUCACCUGCUACGCAAGCGUCACACUGGCACUGGCCUCUUCUCUCCGCCGCCGUCGCGUCGUGCGCCAGCAGUCGUACCAAGACCGGCCACACCCCCGCCCGAACCCAAGCCAAGGAAGGAGAAGAGCAAGGGAUUGCCUGAGCGUGACUCGCCGAACAACCCGUUCCUCUUCGGCGACUCGCCUGGUUCGGUGCCCCCGAGCGAAGAAUACAGCUCGCCUGAGCCGCAUACGCCGAAGAAACGUGGAGAGAAGCCAACGAUCGCCUACGUAUUCCGUGGCGUGAAAACACUUCUUGCGAAUCCGCACUAUCAUUCUCCCGAGGCAGAUGCUGAAGUAGCUGAAGCUGAGGCGCGAGCACGACUUCCUGUCGAGCACCCCGACUACUCGCCUAGUGAAGCUUGCGAGCCCAAGCUGUUGUUCCCUGAGGCGCGGAGGACUUUGCCAGCCCGCGGGCGGGCGCGUACCAUCGUCCCAGCUCCCGCCUCACCAACCCCGCGGCCAAACAAGCGCAGGGCAGGAUCGUUGUCUAGCAACGAGGGCGCCGGGCCCAUGCGCGGCAAGGGCAAGGCUUCCGCUCCCGUCGCGGGGCCAUCCACGGUCCCCGAGGGCGAGGAUGCGGAAGCGAUGUCGGCGGCGCUGGCGGACCGCGUCACGAAGCGCAUGCGUAAGGGCAUCUAUGCAGACGGGGAGGCCCCUCGGACGCGCCCGAGCAGUCAAGCGGGCGACGUGCCCCAUAUUCCUGAGAAGGACCGCAGCGACCCGAUAAAGCGCGCGAUGGGUCCUAUGCGUCGCGUAUGAGCUCGUUGGCCUGCUCGUUUGGUGCUCUCUACGUUUUCUUCACCUUCAGCCCCUCGUUUCUUCACUGUUGUGUCUUGCUUAGCCCUCACGUUGUCGUGAUGCGUCUCCUGCUACCCGCACCUCCAUCUCAUUCUUGACCUUGCUUCCCUCCGUCUCCUCCGUGGGCUCAUUCGAUUUGUCCCGCCAUGUUUUGCGUAUCCCUCCCUGCGACACCCCACCCUAUCCCACCACCCUACACCCGCUUCCCCUCCGUUCC